AUCACAUAUAGUCGGGCGGUUGCAGAUAAGUUAUUAGCAAUUGGGGGUGCGGGUGAACAAACGGCUUAACCACACAAGACCAGCGAGCGUCCCCUUUUCAUUUAACCACACCCUUUGAGCUAUGACGCCAAACCAAUAACACCGUUUCUCUUCUGUGUAAACGGAAGUGAACAUUUCCACGUUAGCAUUUUUAUUGUUGUUAUUUAGACGUUUAUUUACACCAUGGAACUCAAAAUAUAACUCAUUUAACUGCACAGCAUUACAUACUUAGGCCAUGUAGUCUUUAAUUCGCGUUGGAUAGAGGACUUGGUUGAUACAUGUUAUCUAGCUAGGUAACGCUAACUAGCUGCUAACAAUGGCUAACUGUAUGGUUCUUCACACUCAAAUAGCCUCGAUCAUGGAGGUGCUAGCAAAUGCAGCCGUGGCAGAGAUUUGUAAACUCGUAGACGACGACUAUGCAGUGUUUCGUUUGGAAAUGUCUCAAAGCCAGAAAGAAAACAGGGGAUUGCGGAGGAAACUACAGCUACUGGAACUGAAGGUGGCACGGGAGCGCAUACUACCCAGUCGUCCCAGCAGUGUCAAGAUCCUUGACCGAUACAGAAGCAUAGCAAGAGGUGAAGGACAUCUCACUGGAGGCCACAGGAGCUUUGUGAAGCCAGCAGGACAAAAUAGAUGGGGAGAUGACCAACCAAUCACUGUUGAUGAAGAGAGUGGAACCUCAACCCAGGAAGUUAUCGUGAUAGAGUCUCCAGAUGCUGCAGGUCCUGGGGUCAAGCUGGAGAGGUCUGAAGGAGAGGAGGACCCACAACACAGCAGAGACAACCAGACUGGAGUGGCACCCCCUGUAGCCACGGAGGACCUCACCACCACCCCAGUGCAGCCCAGGAGCGGACGCAGCAUCACGGAGGAGGAGGAGGGUCUGGAGGUGCUGCUUGUGAAGGAGGAGGGUCUGGGGAACCCUGAGAGGACCAUGGUCAUGGAGGACAACCAGACUACACCUCCUCCUGAACCCACAGAGGAACCAGCUGAGCAGCACAGGACCACACACAGUCUCACUGAGUCAGUAGAAAUGGAGGAUGGGAUGCCUGAUCUGCUGCUAGUCAAAGAGGAGACAAUAGAAGACAGACCAGAGAGCAUUGACCUGCUGAGUGGACUAAAGAUGGGUGGGCAAGGUGGUUGGCUGGAGGCUAACAGAGGAGACUGGGUGGCCAUCUUGGAUUCCCAAACUCAGACAGGUGCAGCUAAGGGCCCAGGGGACAACAUCACUGAGCAGGCUAGGACCAGAGGUGACAUAGUGGAGGACAGUGGAUGGGACAGCGUCCUCACCUCUGGGCUGGGGAACAACACUGUUAACCACAACCAGAAACAGACAGUGGAACACAAAACAACAUCCGGAUUUAGUCUCCAUGACAACAGACUGGCUGAGACCAGGGCGAGGCGUAGAUUUGGUCCACGGGGACAGGGAGGUGUCCGUAUGCAGCUGGAGAGAACAGACACAGACUCGGCUAGCGAUGCUCCGUCCUGCUCCUAUAGUUGUGAUUCAGAGAGACUGAUGGCACCUCAGGUUACCCCCCUAACAGGUGCUGCCUUCAGCCUGCCUUCUAUAGGAUCUAUCAACUGGAAUAUGGACCCUGCGACAACACAGACACUUCCUGGCCUUCAUCCUCCUCACACUCUCCUAAUGUUAAACCAGACCUCAGGCAAUAGUGCCUCAACACUAAAUGGCUACACAAGCCCAUUGACAAAUGACAGUAGUAGUAUUAAUGCUGUCAGUCGAUCUGCUGGCAAAGAGAAGCGCUUCCCGUGUCCUUUCUGUGGGAAAGCCUUCAGUUUCCCUAAACAGGUGCAGAUCCACCAGAGGGUCCACACAGGGGUAAAACCCUUCAGCUGUACCCAGUGUCACAUGUGCUUCGCUCAGACUGGUGACCUGAAGAGGCACCAGAGGGUCCACACAGGGGAGAAACCCUACAGCUGCCCCCAGUGUGAGAAGAGGUUCUCCCGCAAGCACCAGCUGAAUAGGCACCUGAAGGUUCAUACGGGAGAGAGGCCAUUCGCCUGUACGCAAUGCAGGAAGAGGUUCUCAGAGAGGAGCAACCUCAGGAUACACCAGCAGAAAGAUCAUUCCAUUCUAUGACAUAGAAAGGAACCAUAUCACUCGAUACCUUCUGAGGUUUAGAUCAAACCCUGCAUUAAAGAGAAAGAAUAAGUGUCAUUGUUGUCAGCAGAAAAGAUCCACAGAUGCAUUUGGAAUGACAUUUCAGUGUUGAAUAUUCCUCGGUAGAAUAUUGCAUCCAGACUUUGUGAUAUACACUGAAUG